AUGCGAUUUCGCUGCGUCUGCAAGCCAUGGCGUGCUCUCAUCUCCCAGUCUCACUUUGUCACCAAGCACUUCAACUACGCAAGCAAAGGCUUCACCGAGAACACCUCCAGCCUCUUGAUAUCAAUGAAUCCCUACAUAUACUGUGAAGCAUCCAAGGAUUUGUCCCUUGACUGUGAAGCAUUGAAGGAGUUGAAGGAUGAUGGAGAUGCUCAUCUUGCAAUUAGAAAGCUCGAGUUUCCGGUAAUGUUCCCUGAUUCAAGUAUUAGAAAAAUUGUGGGUUCUUGCAAUGGCCUGAUUUGUGUAGAAAUUGACCAGAAAGACAUGGUGUUAUGGAACCCUUGUACUGGACAAUCCAAUUUGUUGCCAAAACCUACUGGUCAUGUCACUUUGAAGCUUUGCGGAGUUGGUUAUGAUCUUACUAUGAAGUUUUGCGGAUUUGGUUAUGAUCUUACUAAUGAUGACUAUAAGGUAGUGACAGGGUACAGUCAUAGAGUUAGGGGUUCUGAGGAAACCGUGGUUCAGGUCUUUAGUUUCAAAUCAGGUUCAUGGAGGACCCAUAAGGGUCUUAGUUACUUUUGCUUGGAAGGGCCAGGGUGCUUGUCAAAUGGUGCUCUGCAUUGGGCAUUGACCAUAUUCAAUGAUUUUCGUCAAACAGAUUCAAGGACUAUCUCUUUUGAUUUAGCAGAGGAAAAGUUUCAGGAGAUGAUUCCGUUGCCCUCUCAGGCUGGUUUUAGAUGCCACUUUAUUCCUGGAGAAUGUCGUCGUGUAUAUACAUAUGGCUUUCUACACAAUGAGAUCAUCAGGCUUAAAAUAUGGAUGAUGAAGGAAUAUGGGGUCCAGGAUUCGUGGACUGAAGUUGCUUCUUUAGACUGA